GGAGCCUGGCGGGCUGGCGAGGGUGGCACGGAGUUCGGGGCCGCUCGGGGCCAUGGGCUGCUGCCAAGACAAGGACUUUCAGACCUCCGAGGAGCAGGGCAAGGAGGCUGACUCAGACGAAGCCGAAGGCGCCGACGAGGUCGAUAUGGACGCACAAGACCCCAAGUCGAACGAAAGCCUUCUGAUCACCGUGCUGUGGCGGCGGCUAUCCCUGUUCAGCCGUCGGGGCUCUCGGUCAAACAAGAGGCUCUCGGCCCAGAGUCAAAAGCAUGGGUUACCGCAGAGCAAGCGGGAUGUGAUCCUGGAGGAGCCAGAGAAGGGGUGACCCCAACCUGCUCUCAGUCUGCCCCAGCCUCCAGAGAAUACAGUUUCCGAGUGUA